AUGAAGCUGUCUACUUCGCUCGUUGGCCUUCUCGGCCUCUGCGCCGGUGUCAGUGCCGUUCCGCAGAACGUCAAGCGCAGUGACGAUGGUGCCCAGUUCGACGUUGGCCAGCCCAUCUCUGCCGAUGGCAAAGGAGGCCCUAUUCUUGGAGGUACGAACAACCAGGUUGACAUUGAUAACCCAAGCAACCUUGGCCAGGAGUCUACCGACGCCGGCACGGUUCCAAACCUGAAGUGGAGGUUCUCCGACUCCAAGACCAAGCUUCUCAAGGGUGGUUGGGUCCGUACUCAGGUCAUCCAAGACCUCCCGCAGAGCCACGACAUUGCGGCGGCCCAGCAGCACCUUGAGAAGGGCGCCAUCCGCGAGCUUCACUGGCACCGUGUCGCCGAGUGGGGUUUCGUCUACAACGGCUCCGUUCUCGUUUCUGCCGUCGACGAGAAUGGCAAGUUUGUCAACGAGAAGCUCGAGUACGGCGACAUCUGGUACUUCCCCAAGGGCGCCGCCCACACCGUCCAGGGUCUCGACGACCACAACGAGUUCCUUCUCGUCUUUGACGAGGCUGAUUUCGAGAAAGUCGGAACAACCUUCAACAUUGUCGACUGGCUGAACCACACCCCCCGCGACAUCAUCGCCAAGAACUUUGGUGUCGACCCCAAGGUCUUUGACGAACUCCCUGAGAAGCACCCCUACAUCAACCCCGCCGACGUGGCCACCAAGAACGUCACCGGCACGGGCCCCGAGGACUACCUCUCGGGCAACAGCUCCUUCAUCUACCGCACCUUCCAGCACCCCUCGGAGUCUGUGCCCGGCAACGGCGGCGAGUUCUGGAAGAUCGACUCGACCAACUUCCCCGCCAGCGAGACCAUUGCCGCCACCUUUGUGACUCUCAAGCCCGGCGGCCUGCGCGAGCUCCACUGGCACCCCAACGCUGAGGAGUGGCUGUACUUCCACAAGGGCACCGCUCGUGCCACCGUCUUCAUUGGCAACGGCAACGCCCGCACCUUUGACUUCAGCUCUGGUGACACGGCUGCCUUCCCCGACAACUCUGGCCACUACAUCGAGAACACGUCCGAGACGGAAGACCUGGUCUGGAUCGAGAUCUAUAAAUCGGACCGCGUCGCCGAUAUUCCCCUGACGCAGUGGCUCGCCCUGACACCCCCCGAGGUGGCUGCGCAGACGCUCAAGGUGCCCGUCGAGUUCAUCGAGUCUCUCAAGAAGGAGAAGCAGCUCCUCAUCGAGUAA